AUGUACCCUCAUUCUCCCUCGUCGCCCUUGAAUAUCUCUCGGUUACCCCUCUCUCCCAAGGAACUGUCGCUCAGCUUUGGCUCGUCAAGGACGGUUAUCGACUCUUCAUUGCCUUCUCCCCCCUACCAUGAAUGCCUUUUAUCCUCGCCCAAGCAUUCACACCAUCACAUUCCUUUCAGUCUGGAAGCGAGCCGCUACUCUUCACAUUUUCCAUCGGAUCACCAACUAGACGUGGACUUUGUCAGGACGUUCCAGUUGGAGGACGAGCUAGGUUCAGGAGGAUAUGGUUUCGUCAUGACGGCUAGGCAUCGUUGGGAAGGAUACGAAGUCGCCGUCAAGUUCAUCAUAAAGGAAAAGGUGCCGGAUUACGCGUGGGUGCAGGACGAUAGGUACGGUCGGCUACCUACCGAGGUCUUCCUGUUGGACUAUAUGGAUCACGACAAUAUUGUAAAGGGUCUGGACCUAUUCCAAGAUCCUUUAUAUUUCUAUCUGGUACAAGAACUUCAUGGUUCUCCUUGGCCAAAAGCGACACGAACGAAACGCGCGACCUCUUCCACUCCUCCACUUACUCCUCCGGCUCUUACACCUUCUGCUUCUGCCGACUCUUUUAAAUCCGAAACAGUGCCAGCCUCUCCUUAUCACCAAUUAACGUCAUACCUACCCGACCCUUUGAAGAUGUGGAAAAAGAGCUCCCAACCCACUCUUCACCCUCAGUACAGUCGACGACCUUCACAUGACCUCUUCGAAUGCAUCGAGCAGUCAGAGCACAAACGCUUAUCUGAGGAGCAAGCACGCUACAUCUUCGCCCAAGUGGUUGAUGCCGUGCACUAUCUUGAUAGUCAUGGCAUAUCCCACCGCGAUAUUAAAGAUGAGAACAUCGCUAUUGACAAGGAUCUUCGUGUAAAACUCAUUGACUUCGGGAGUGCGAUCGCCGUCGAUCCGACAAAGCCCCGGCCGUACUACAAGUUCUUCUAUGGGACAACCGCAUACGCUGCCGCCGAGAUACUUCUGAAGAAACCAUAUCAGGCUGCGCCGGCGGAAGUGUGGACCCUUGGCGUACUUCUGUCGUAUCUGCUUCGUGGUAUGUCACCGUUCCCUACAGUGAAGGAGGCGAUCAAAGGUCGAAUUGUCCUGGACGAAUAUCCCAAAUUGUCUCGAUUAGUCUGGGACCUACUACGAAAGUGUUUGGACCCGAAUCCGAAGACUCGUGCGACGAUACAGGAGGUGAAGGCGCACCGAUGGUUAAACCAAUGA